UACAGAAGAACAUAAAAAAGUGCAUAAAAGGAAGCGAAAAGUGCAACUCUUCCCUUCCCAUCCAUUCUGGUUGGCUCCAAUGGGAGAGGUCUGACCUAUCUCACACUCUGCAGGACCAAAGGGACCCAGUGAGUCUUCAUUUGAGCAUAAAAAACAAUGACUCAUCAGAUCACAGAUAUAAAAUGAAUUCCAACUUCUUGACCUGUAAGUGGAAGAUGUGAAUCCCACAGAAGGACAAACAAACACACUGUGAGUCAGAUAUUGCCCUUUGGAUAGACAUAAUGUGGAGUUAACAGUAAAUACUGACAAGGAAGACCGGGGUGUUUUUAGGAACAUAUAGUGACAAAUAUAUCAGCAAACCCAAACAAAAAAACAUGAAGUUGGGAAACAGAGCAGACAGGAUCAAAAGAUUAGGUGCGUGAGGCCAUUUGGGGAUGAGGCAACUUAAUUGGGACACAUAAGGCCCUUGGGGCAAAAACUGCAACAUGUGUUUGGGCAAGUAAGUGCUGCAAUUUUAUGACACAUUGGAACAGGCAAACUAGGUGCUCUUCCAUGUGAAACUCAGCAACAACAAAAACUGUUUCACCUACAAAUGACAAGUCAACCAAAUCCUUCAAGCCUUCCCUUGCUGCUUGUUUGAAAAGGAACAAGGAGCGUGUAAAAUACAAAGUCACAUAUCUAUACGGCAUUUUGACGUGUGGAGCAGUGACACGCGUGGCUCUGACUCAUAACUAAAUGGAUAAGGUGAAGGAAAGAUCCCGCCCCACCGGCCACCGGCUGGGAGGGGUGAGAGAGGACGGCCAAAGCUGGAGAGUCACAGUGAGAAGAGGACGCUGAAAAGUUCAGGACAAACUUUUCUGUGGAUACUUGAAGGAUAACACUGCAUACGGCAAGGAUAAGAUACGGACUUUUGACUUUACAUCGAAGAUAUUACGUUUUUUUCGCAUUAACCUUUUUGGCACCGGUGCGUCUUUACGCAGGAGAGGAAACCAUCUUCCAAAUCUCUCCACACCGUCGGGAUGCUCAGAUGAGCCCAAAAGCUCCUACAGGCUGUAAGAUGCCAGGCUGAGCAGCUUUGCCUCCCUCUGCUGUGUCCAGUGCUGUGGCGCCCCCUGCUGUGUGACCGAGGAAGGUCAGGAAGGCGCAGGCACUAUGGGGAACAUAAUUGAGGAGGGGAUGAACACCGUCAUCGUCAGCCACUACAACCACUCGGGGAAGUGGGACCGGCCUCGCUCCAGCGGGGCCUGUAAGAUGGUGGUGCUGCUCCUCAUCUGCGUUCUGAUCGUCCUGGAGAACGUCACGGUUCUGCUCGCUCUCUGGAGGAACAAGCGCUUCCACAGUCGCAUGUACUUCCUCAUUGGAAACCUGGCUCUGUCAGACCUGCUGGCCGGUGUGGCCUAUGUGGUUAACAUCUUCACCUCAGGACGGAACACCUUCUUCCUGACGCCGGUCCAGUGGCUGGCCAGGGAGGGAAGCAUGUUUGUGGCCCUCAGUGCUUCCACCUUCAGCCUCCUUGCCAUUGGGAUUGAGAGACACAUGACGAUGGUGCGUCUGCGUCCCUGUGAGACAGCAGGUAGAGGUCGACUCCUGGCGCUGCUGGCGGCCUGCUGGCUGGUGUCAGUGCUGCUCAGCGCUCUGCCCAGCCUCGGCUGGAACUGCCUGAACAAUUUGACCUCCUGCUCCACGGUGCUGCCGCUCUACGCUAAGAGUUACAUUGCCUUCUGCAUUAGUGUGUUCAGUGCCCUGCUGGUGGCCAUCAUCAUCCUCUACAUCAGGAUCUACCGCCUGGUGACCUCCAGCGGUCGCAGGGUGAGCAGCCGGCCCUCAGAGCGCUCGCUGGCCCUGCUGAGGACUGUGGUCAUCGUUCUUGGAGUGUUUGUCAUGUGCUGGGCGCCGCUUUUCCUCCUGCUGCUGCUGGAUGUUGGCUGCAGCCCAGAUAAGUGUCCUGUCCUCUACCAGGUGGACUGGUUCAUCGCCCUCGCUGUGCUCAACUCUGCUCUCAACCCUCUGAUUUACACUCUGUCCAGCAGAGAGAUGAGAGCAGCUUUCUUCCGGCUGCUGUGCUGCUGUCAGACCAGCAUGGAGCCCACCGGGACUCCUGUGGUGGGAAACCCCCACCUUGGCACAAUCAUUCCCACAGCGGAAAAUAGCAAGACCAGUUUGGGUGGAGGAGGAGGCAGUGGGGGCGGCAAGUCCACGCUGAACAGAGGGAAGGUUCCCACACCUGUGAACUCCGACGGUAAACAUGGAGACCCCUCUGCCACCGCUGUCACCCACCCCUCUGGACCUGCAGACCUGCUCUCAGCUGUGCUCGUGAAGGCAGGAGCUCUGCAGCCCCUCAGCAAGUUCUGAGUUGAAGCACCUGAAUAUGGACUUAGAGUCGCACAGAAGUCGACACAGAUCAGAUGUAGUCUGACUAUCAGCCACUUUUUGUUUGUGCACUACAGCUGGUGUAGCAUGGAUUAGAUGAUAUGUUGAUAAAAUUACUCAGAAGUUCAGUUGAAGGUAAAUAAAUUCAGACUGUAGAUGACUCAAGAUCAUUUAAAGCCACUAUUUACAGCAACUCAGUAACAUUAUUUCCAACAGACGCGUGACUGAAAUGUUGUUUCUCUCCCACAAUGAUGUUUGAAAACUAUGAAAUACAAUAGGAUGAUUUCAUGUAGUCAUGUCUGUCAGACUACACUCUAAAAAAUUAUAUUUUGACUCAACAAAAACUAAGUUGACAGUUUGUAUAAAUCUUGUUGAGUUACAAUGAAAUCAUGUUGAACCAACAAACUGCAUUGAGUUAGUGGAAUUAGCAUUUCCUCUACAAUCAAAGAUUCUUUUAAUUACUGGUAUAAACUGUCUGGAAUUGUCCUAAUUUGAAAUCCUGAAGUUAUUAAGCCAAUUUCAUAAAGUUGUCUCACCUUAAAUGUAGUUUCAAAUCAACUUACACUGUAAUUUGGGUUUAAAUUACACACAGUGUUAUGUAUAGACACCAUCAUAUCAACAGGACCCACCAAAAUAACAUUUACAACCUUUAAAGGUUUACCUAAAUCAGCACAUUAGAUUUUUUAAAAGCUUGUCACCACAAUAUUUAAUUGAAAGGGUGGGAAUUACUUUUUGGAGUGUAGUCUUGCUUCACAAGACUUAACUUUAUCAGUGUUAUGUCUGUAAAUAUGCCUAUUUCUAUUUUAUUUUGGCAUUAUAGGAAGAAACAAUUAAAUUGUGACACUUUUUUUGCAUGUGCUAUAUGCAGGAAUUUUUGAAAACUCCUACAUUUUUUUCCAUCACAUUUUGAUUUGGUAGACUAUUUAUUUUCUGUGAAAACAUUUGCCACCUUAAGACUGUAAACUGGUAUAUUUUUUUGCUUUGUGUGCAUAAAAACCAUCAUGGUACUAGGACUGUUAUUAUUAGUGACUUUAUUAUUGAUUAUUUGCAUUGCACUGUGAGAGAAAACAAGACUGAAAGUUUAUUUGCCAGACUAGCGGCCUCUUGAGGCUGUGAUGCAUAUUACACACCAGAAAAUAACGGUUAGAUAAAAGCUACACUGCUUUUUAAAAAUAUAAUUCUUACCACUAGUGGGCAAGAAUGUAUAGUUUGUCCCACUGGUGGAGCUGCAGAAAAAGACAUUUUUGGACACUCAGCUCUUCAUUGCCACUCCUGGUUUAUGUUUCAUCAGUCUGAGCUCUACCUUGUCAGCGACACUGUGAGCUGAAUUUGCAUGGCUAAUGACUCCACUCAUGGAGAUAUUUGCUUCUCAUCAGCACAUCUAGAAACCACUCACAGAUCAACUAACCACUAGUGAAUAAGAGUGUUGGAUGUGAAUUAUUUAAUGGCGGUAGACUUUAAUUGACAUUUCUGCCAAGGGUUGAUGUAGCACCUGAUACUAUUACAGCUAAUAAAAUUCUAUUCCCUUUGA